UUUGCGGAAAGGUAAAGGUUAACACUCACUCACUACUAUCAGCAGUUCAUCUCUCAAAUUCACUGAUUCUACAUCGUCGUAGCAACCAUUACGGAGCGCGAACCAUGGGUUUUAGGGUUUCUAUUCUACUCCUUUUUCUCUUGGUUACCUUCCUUUCCUCCUCAGCGCAGGCAUGUUCAGAAGAAGAAUCAUCUUUGCCGGAGCUCUCAUUAAGACUGUCGUCGUCUUUCUCGAAAUCACUCGCUAAUCUGCAAAAGGAGAUCAACUAUACAUUUAAUGGAGUUGGAUUGCUGCGACGUGCAAUGACGCACUCCUCCUACUCAGAGGAGAACAACAAGGCUCUCGGUGUGUUGGGAGAAAGUGUCAUUGAAACCUCUGUGGCGCUGCAAUCACUGAGGAGAGAUGUGGAUAUUUCUGCCAAGGAUUUGAACCUUGCGAUCUCUGAGGCCUCUAAGGUGGAGGGUUCCUGCAAUGCUGAUGGAAUUCGGCUCGGUUUGCAGAAUGUUGUGAGAGUUGCAACCAACACUGAUGUCACAGCUCCUUCUGUGGUCUGUGGUGCGUUCCGUGCACUUUUUGGGGCAAUUGCAAUUGAUGCUGGGAGUUCAGAUGAGGCCGGGGAGGUCUAUGGAAAAAUUCGUGCUGGAGUUAGGAGUGCGGUGACAAUGUAGGUAAAUGAUGUUAAUAUUAGUAUAUGUGUUUUUGGAACUGUAUAAUACCACUGAUGUAUGCACUUGAUAGCUCCAAGAGUUGUGAUCUUUGCUUGAUGUUAUGUGUUUGAAUUUGGUAUAUUGAGUGUUCUGUGUGUAUUA